AUGAUAGUCUUCUCACCAGCAAAGAAACCGUUCUCUUUCGGCCAUCCAAAUGUCCAAUCCGUCCUCAACUGCUUUCUCAGUCGAAAUUCUAAUUGCCUGAACCCUAGCUCUAACCAUCUUGUCGUCGAGUCUCGCCGGAAUGCGAAUGCUCACGAACUAAACGUGGAGCUAAGCCAGCUAAUGAAUCAGUUGGAAAGCGAAAGUAAGCGAGGAGAUGCGCUAGAGAAAAUGAGGAAAGUGGGACGGAAGCAGUGCUGGUGGGAAAACCCCAUUGAAGAGCUUGGUUUGCAGGAGAUGGAGCAGUUGAAAGCAUCAAUGGAGGAGCUGAAGAAAAAUGUGACUAGACAAGCUUACCAGCUGAUGAAUGAGAUUAAUUCUGUCACUAAUACUGACUGUUCUGAGUAUUUUGUGAUGAAUAAUGGGGUUAGACAGAGUGUUGAUAUUUUUGAGAGAAAAUCUACUGUGAUUAUUAGUUCUUCGUCCACAAAUAUUCCAAAUGUUUUUAGCUUUAAAUAA